CAGACGACAAUACUACAUACAUACACAUCACCUCAUUUUAAAAACUACAUAACCUAUAGUAACAGUUAUUACAUCACCGGGUUUUAUAUGAAAUUUCAGCAAUAUCAAUAAAUCAGAAAGAGAAAGAGAGGAACAUAAACAUUCUUUCAAGCGGAAUCUUGCUCCAGAUUUUUGAUAGGAACUGGCACCAUCCACGUGAUCGAAAUCAUGAAUGACGUGGUUACCAAGUGACACUUGAGCGAAACCUGUCUGAUUGAAGAAACACCGUUCGUUAACGACAGAACGCUGAUGCUGUGUUAUACAGCCGUCUGCUAUUCUUUCAUCCGUCGGCUGUUCAGCCGUCUGCCUUAUUAUAUAUAUUGAUCACGCGCAUCAAAAGCCCGGGAAAAAAGAACGGAUUAACUAUAAGAAGCUCCAGAACUAUAAGUUUUAUGAAGGAGGUUUUUUCUACUCAUCUGAGUAUAAAAGAUCAAAUGUGACGCAUUACUGUUCGAUUUUUAUUUUUUAUUUUUGGGGCACUGUCUGUCUUCGUGUUUUUCUGUAUUGCGUAUUUGUAAAAAAACAAAAAACAAGCGGAAGAUAGUUUUUUUAACGGUGGUUCGAAAACUGCGAGGAGUUCGAAACGACGAAGAGGACCUACAGCGCCAUGGGUGGUAAAAGGAACACCCCAGAUGUCUUUUCACCCCACACGCAUAAAGUUGGCAACGCUUCCCUGGCAGCGGUUAUCGUAGGAUCACUGCUUUCUGCUGUCGUGGUCAUGGCCAUGACCUUUAUGGUGUUCCGGUAUUGCCGCCGGAAGUACAAGAAGUCAAACAGUUACGAACAUAUUGUUGGCGCGAAAUCGUUUGCCACCGAUAGUGGAAGCAUCCCAGCAACUACGAUCAGCAGCCUCAAGCAGAUACCUUUCACCGUGCCAAACCAUGCCACCCCGUCCGGGAUGAGGCGAGGCGGGGACGGGGUAGGGCGGCACCAAGACGAGGCGGUGUUCGGGGGAGGAUCGGAGCCCACUUCGCCCACAGGGAAACGCCCGUCCGUAGAAAUACCAGGUGCCUAUGCUCUGGGCUCGAUUGACCCGAGCCUGUACAAGAUCUCCGACGAGGAUGAUGACUACGAGAUUCCACAGGGUCACAUUGGGCGGAUCUGGUUCGCGGUGGAGUACGAGAGAGAGACGGAGAAGUUCCUCGUCACUCUGAUCAAAGCGAAAAACCUGCCCAGUCGAAUCCUCGGCCAUGACAAUGGAUGCGACCCUUUCGUCAGAAUUUACCUGAUGCCUGACGAAAGACGUUAUUUACAGUCGAAAUUCAGGAAGAAAACAUGCAAUCCGAAGUUUGAGGAGAGUUAUGUGUUUCAGGUGUCGUACAGGACGGUAGAGGACCGCGUGCUCAAACUGACGGUGUUUGACGUCGACCGCCACAAACGUCACAACGUGAUCGGCCACGCCCUGUACCCGCUCAAAGAGCAGAACAUACUGCUGAGUGACAGGGUCGUCGUCUGGAGGGACCUCGAGAAGGAGGUCACAGAGACGAUAUCUGACCGAGGUGAACUCUUGCUGUCCCUGACCUACAACAGUCACCUCGAGAGACUGACGGUGGGCGUGUUCGAAGGCAAGUGUUUCCACAGGGCUGACGGCUCCACGUCUGUGGAUUCCUACAUCAAGGUGACGCUGAUGGUGCAGAACAAGAUGGUGAAGUCGAAGAAGACGGAGGUGGCCAAGAAGACGUCGAGCCCGAUCUUCAACGAGUCGUUCACGUUCAAGCUGCCGCUCGGCAACGUGGACACCGCCAGCAUCAACCUGUCCACCAUGGAGCAUUACAGCGGACACAAGGACAAACUUAUUGGCCGAAUCGUCCUUGGAUCCUUCAUGUUCGCUCGAGGGAAGGAACUGGACCACUGGAACGAGAUGGUAGCCAAUCAGAAGGAGCAGGUCAUUCACUGGCAUGUUUUGACAUGAUUAACGUCAACCAAUCACAGAUGAUCAAGACAGUCGUAUCCACCAAUCAGCAAGAUCCUAGCAACAAGCCAGUAUACUGAGAAUUAUGAAAUAUCUUUUGUGUGUAAAUAAGGAAUUUCGAUACGUUGAAGUGAAACCUGGAUUUCUGUACGUGAAUCAUGGAUAUACAUUAUUCUCGAACGCUGUGGAUAUAUAACCCAGUGGAUAAUAUCGUGUAUAUAACAAUCCAUUCGUAAAAAUACGGCCAUGAAUAGGUCUUUAGUGUUUUAUCCACCAAAAUCAAAUCGUUUCUCAGAUAUUUAUUCAAAACAUUUCUAACAGCACCUGGUUAUUAUGGUUGCCUGUUAUAGGCCAGUUUAGUAUAUCUUAAAUGACACUGAAGUUACUGUAUACAAUUUUAAUUCAUAAUUCAUAUUUUAUCUAAGAUAAAACCUACUGUUUUAUCACAUACAAGGGACUACUGGUAUCUCAAAAUAGAAUGAUGCCAAAAACGUAUUUCGUCAAUGUCGGAAUCACAUCCCUUCCUCUUCCUCAAAAUAUUAACACGCUUUCACAUGUGGCAUUGACAUUUAUACACACGUGGGUACACCAGCAAACCUGGAUACUUUGAAGCAGAGUUGAUUUUAGAGGGAUAAUCACCUAUAGUAGUAUAAAUAGUGUUUUCCCUAGCUAAUGUUAGCAUGGUGCAGCACCAUGCCUCAAUAGUCUAGCACCAUCUUGUCUCAGUCAGCGCCAUGCUGCCCUGAGAUUAAACA